GCCUCACUCAGUUACCUGCUGGACGGCGAGGGGUGGAGACUACUGCCGCAGUGCUCCUUGCCUCCCUCACUAGCAGGCCCUCACUCAGCCUCCCUCACCUCCUGACAGCUCGUACUCGUCACUCGCACCUACUCGUGGCCACUCAAGACCACUGACAGCCCAGGAACGAGCCGCCAGCAGGAGUGAGCGAGUGGAAAGCGAGUUAUCGAGUGUUAGUGAAAUCGUGAGUCGAGAGGAGAGGUGAAAAAGAGAUAGAUUGAGAUAGUCGUUUUCUGCGUAUCUAAGGGACGAAAAUGCACUUACUGGCCUAUAUAGCAUCCAGAAACAGACUUGCCGGACUUAUUAACAUGUAGAAACACUAACUGACACUUUAAAUUGCAAGUCAUAGCGAAAUCGUAAGUGGAAAGAAAGAGAUAUGUUGCAGAUAGAAUCGUUUUCUGCUUAUCUAAGGGACGAAAACCCACUUACCGGCCUAAAUCAUACCCAAGAACACUAAAUAAUUCUUCCUUCCAGCUGGCAAGCGUUAGUGAAUUCGCAAGUGCAUAGCAAAGGCAUAAGAGAGAUAUAGCUACAAGAAAACGCACCUUCUGUCCUUAGUAACACUCGGAAACACUAAACAACACGUCCAUUGAAAAACCAGAAGAGAGAUAUAGUGUUCCUAAUCUCUAGGGGACCAGAAAACGCACCUACUCUCCUCAAUAACACUCAUAAACACUAAACACGUCCAUAGAAAAGGUAGAAGAGAGAUAUAGUGUGUUCUUAAUCUCGAGGGGACCAGAAAACGCACUUACUGGUAUCGAUAACACCUAAGAACAGUAAAUAACACUUCCAAUCAUGCUGCGGCGGACUAUCCUAAACCUAUUUGCGGUGUGGUGUGUGCUGGCAACCGUGGUACAAGAAGCACAAUGCAACACGCCUUUCCACGCCGACCGCCGCACGGGGCUACCUAAAAACCAGCCCCUGGAUAACACCACUGCCCUUCAUGACCCCCUCAGUCCUUCACUGGCCCCAGGGGAAGGCCAUCAUGGGGGGGUUCCGGCAGUGGGUCUCUCUGAGGGGGAAGGGACCAAGGAAAAGAUGGAGCGAUACCCUGUAGCCGUAAUAGAUUUUGAGAGGGUGCAAACGCCUUUCAUAAUAGGACUGUGGAUCUUCCUCGCCUGCCUGGGGAAAAUAGGCUUCCACAUGACGCCGAAGCUGUCCCAUGUCUUCCCCGAGUCUUGCAUGCUGAUUGUGCUGGGCGUGAUCAUCGGACUGCUGCUUUUUCUCACCAAGGCGGCCACCGUGUCCCCGCUCACCGCCGACGUUUUCUUCCUCUACCUGCUGCCGCCUAUCAUCCUGGACGCCGGCUACUUCAUGCCCAACCGCCUCUUCUUUGACCACCUCUUCACCAUCUUGGUCUUCGCUGUCAUCGGCACCAUCUGGAACGCCCUGAUGAUCGGCAUCACCAUGUACGCCAUCAACCUGACCGGCCUCUUUGGCGUGAAGAUCCCAGUGCUACACAUGUUCCUCUUCUCGUCGCUCAUCUCCGCCGUGGAUCCCGUGGCGGUGCUGGCCGUGUUCGAGGAGAUACAGGUGGAGGAGGUCUUGUAUAUCCUGGUCUUCGGCGAGUCUCUCCUCAACGAUGGCGUGACGGUGGUCUUGUAUCACUUGUUCGAGGGCUUCAGCGAGCUCGGCGAGAACAACAUCAAGGCCGUUGACAUCGCCAGCGGGGUCGCCUCCUUCCUUCUUGUGGCCCUCGGCGGCACGGCCAUCGGCAUCAUCUGGGGCUUCCUCACCGCCUUCGUCACCAGAUUGACGAGUCAGGUCCGCGUGAUCGAGCCCAUCUUCGUGUUCGUGAUGGCCUACCUCGCCUACCUCAACGCGGAGAUCUUCCACUUGUCCGGCAUUCUAUCCAUCACGUUCUGCGGUAUAACAAUGAAGAACUACGUUGAGCAGAACAUCUCGAGCAAGUCCCACACGACCAUCAAGUACGCCAUGAAGAUGCUGGCCUCGUCCUCGGAGACCGUCAUCUUCAUGUUCCUCGGCGUCUCCACCAUCCAAAGCACCCACGACUGGAACACCUGGUUCGUCAUCCUCACCAUCCUCUUCUGCUCCGUCUACCGCAUCCUGGGCGUCCUCAUCUUCAGCGCAGUAUGCAACCGGUUCCGCGUGAAGAAGAUCGCCUUCGUGGACAAGUUCGUGAUGAGCUACGGUGGGUUGCGUGGCGCCGUGGCCUUCGCCCUGGUCAUCACGAUAGACCCGCACCACAUCCCGCUGCAGCCCAUGUUCCUCACGGCCACAAUCGCCAUGGUCUACUUCACCGUGUUCGUCCAGGGCAUCACCAUCAAGCCUCUGGUACAGCUGCUGGGCGUCAAGAAGUCUGAGAAGCGACAACUCACCAUGAACGAGAGGCUGCACGAGAGGGUCAUGGAUUACAUCAUCGCCGGCAUCGAGGACCUGGCGGGCAAGCAGGGUAACCUUCACAUCAGGAACAAGUUCAAGCGAUUCAACAACAAGUACCUGACGCCCUUCCUGGUGCGUGAGAAGAACGUUAUUGAGCCCAAGCUGCUGGAGACCUACACCAACAUCACGAAACAGGAGGCCCUUCAGCACUACCACAACAACUCGGGCACGGCGACGGCCAAUAUUGAGUCCUUCGCCAACCUCCUCAGGAACGCCGCCACCCACCCUCAAAUGAUCACCAACAACCAGGGCGAGUGGAACCUGGACGUGGCCGAGCUUGAUUACAACCCGACGCUGAGGGACAUGAAUGAUGCAAAGUUCCACCACCUGCUCUCCAAUGAUUACAAGCCCGUCAAGAGGCACCGUGGUUCCUGCUACAAGAGGCACGCUGUUAAGGACGAUGACAUGCAGACCCUGACGGACAUAAGCCACCACAACAUGUACCUCCACACGCGGCAGUUCGUAAGCAACGCCAAGAAGCUCAACAAAAAGACACGGAAGCCGGACAUGGAAGAGGAGGAGGAGGAUGAGUAUGGGCCACCCUCCCUCCCCUGCUAUGGCCCUGCCCCAGCCUGUACAGAGGUGGCCCAUGGGGUGGACAGGGAGGCCAUGGACCCCCCACACCAGGAUGAGAAUGGGGCCAACAAGGCCAAGGCAGAAAAGGAGAAGCGACAGCAGGCCUACAAACAGAAUGGGUCAGCCAUCAAACUCAAGCACGACUACAUUGCCCGAGCACUGCAAGACAACCCGGCCUUUCAGAAUGAUGACGGCUCCCCCAUGUUCCCAGACCAGCAUGACGGGCCUGUCGUGGAGAAGAGGAGACAAUCCAUCAAGGGCCCCACCAUGGCCGAGACUGCCCUGCCAUGGAAGAGAUACUACCAGGAUGAGGACAACUCCCCAGAGAAGAGGAAGCUUCAGCGAGCCCUCACCUUACUGCAGGUUGAAGAAGAAGGCUCCACUCCCACACUGGCGGAGGCUGUGCUGCCGUGGAAGAGGCCUGAGAUGGAGGAAGUGUGUGAUCAGCCCCUGAAGCAGGCCGAGUUCCCUGCCUGGGCGUCCAACAAGGAGUACGUCAACUACUACUCCCCUUCAAACACCUUCCUCGGCAAGCUGGGUAAUCACGAGUCAUAUCCCAACAUCCGCGAGAUCUUUGAGCGUCGCAACAGCUCUGCCUCGCUGGGAGGAUCGCGCCGUGGGUCCCUCAAGGAGCAUCCCAUGGCUCUCAAGGAACGCUCCAACUCCAGAGGGUCCAUGGGCGACAUACCCCCUCCCCCCGCUGCCUCCACCUCUACCACAACCACCACCACCCCACCAGACGUCCCGCCCUUCGUCAGACAACGUACGCUCACCGACUGUUCGCUUCUCAACACCACAAUUGUUGAGGAGGAGCGACGCGGCGACACGGUUAUCGACAUGAGCCCCGCGGGAGGUGCCCCAAGGGAUGGCGAGAACACGAAGAUGUAGGACCUUAACCCCCAGAGGUCGCCGACACCUCUGGGGGCGUGGGAGACUCGUGUGUAAGGUCGUGGUGAUGUUGUUUGCCAUGGGGGUGAUGCGAGUUUAAGGAUGGAGGAAGAGAGGAAAUAGGUGCUCAGGGGUGGCUUUUGUGGAUGGGUAUAAGGGUUGUUGAGUGAGAUUUUAAUGUGUGUGUGUGUGUGUGUGAGAGAGAGAGAGAGAGAGAAGGCCCAUGGGACAUACGUAUUCGAGGGGCCUUCCAUGCAUCCCUUAACUAAGCCUACAGACCCUGAAACACAUUAGGAAGCUUAGAGGGAUGUUUUCCAUAGACCAUCCACUCCCAAACACUUCAGGGCUUACACAAUAACUCACUCCCAAUUGAUAAGGCUUUCAUAGAGGCUGUGGUAGCAUGUCCAAGGGAGGUAGUUUUAUGAGCCGGGUGAUAGCUUGACAAGGCUUUUGCACUGUGGAUAUGGAAAGCACUAAUGAGAACUUGGCUAACCUCCUCUGUGGCCUUGGGAAAUAGAUGUUGUAUGAAGUGAAAGCCUCUGAGAAUAUGAAUGAUAGUGAGGAUUUUAAGGAUGGUGAAAGGGAAGGAUGUGAGAAUGUGACUGAAUGAGGGAGUGUGUGAGGGAUGGGGUGCUUUGGAUAAUGUCAGGAUCUCACACCCCUUCUCACACCUUCCCUCGCCUCCCAUCACCUUCCUGUAUAUGUUUCGGUUCAAGAGGUCAAAGAUGUGGAGUGCUGAAGAAGGUCAGGAAUAUGUGCCUUUGUGUCAUGUGUUAAGGUCAUAUGUGGAGUACUGGAGGUCAGAUGUGUCAGAAAGAAAGGUCAUGUGUGUCAGAAAGAAAGGUCAUAUGUAUCAGAAAGAUCAUAUGCAUUGGAAAGAAAGGUCAUAUGCAUCAGAAAGAACGGUCAUAUGUCAAAGAAAGGUCAUGUGUGUGUGUGUGUGUGUGUGUGUGUGUGUGUGUCAGAAAGAAAGGUCAUGUGUAAGGAUGGAAGGUCUUAUGUGUCAGAAAGAGAGGUCAUAUGUAUCAGAAAGGUCAUAUGCAUUAGAAAGGUCAUAUGUGUCAGAAAGAAAGGUCAUGUGUAAGGAUGGAAGGUCUUAUGUGUCAGAAAGAAAAGUCAUAUGUGUCAGAAAGAGAGGUCAUAUGUAUCAGAAAGGUCAUAUGUGUCAAAGAAAGGUCAUAUGUGUCAGAAAGAAAGGUCAUGUGUAAGGAUGGAAGGUCAUGUGUGUCAGAAAGAAAGGUCAUGUGUAAGGAUGGAAGGUCAUAUGUCUUGGAUGUCGAAAGUGAUGAAAAUAAAAUCGCUUACCACAUAGAGCCAGGCAGGUAACUUAUAUUAAUUAGAGCUGGGUGUUGUCUUUCAUUGCCAGGUGUGUGUGUGUGUGUGUGUGUGUGUGUGUGUGUGUGUGUGUGUGUGUGUGUGUAUUAAUGAAACACCUGUGCUCGUUUCUACAGGUAAACUCUUGUGUCCAUGCUCAUCGUAGUGUACAAUGACGUGUGUUGUAUUAUAUUAUUCCUAAGGCGUUACUGUAGUCCAGGUGUUAAGGCAAUACUAGACUAAUUCAUAUGUACUUUUAACUGCAUGUGUGUGUGUGUGUGUGUGUGUGUGUGUGUGUGUGUGUGUGUGUGUGUGUGUUUUAAUCCAUGCAUUAUUUGGGAUUUUUUUAACCUUUUGCAUUCCAUAGAUUUUAGGAAGGAGUUAUAGAAGUGACUACCGAGACAAAUUUUAUUUUAUUUUACUGUAGAUGACUUGGUGACAAUUUGUGACUUCAUUCGUAAUAAGUAACAAAGCCUACUACUACUACUACUACUACUACUACUGUUCGAAUCUUUUGAAUACAAUCUUGGAUGCUUUUAGUGAAUAGAGAGAGAAAGGGUUGAAUCAUAUAUGCCAAUUCUUUUAUGCCAGUGACUUAGGUUUUCCACAAUAUGAUUCUCAGACGAAGACUUAAUCAAAUGUAUAUAAGGAGAGAGAGAGAGAGAGAGAGAGAGAGAGAGAGAGAGAGAGAGCAUUUUAAUAUUAUAUAACCUGACCCAACACAUCAACUUGUAGUGUAGUCUGACCUGACCUAGCAGUAUAAUGAGAGUAUUUUAACAUUAAAUGACCUGACCUAAAUAUACAUCAACUUGUAGUGUAUAUUUUCUGACCUAAUCUGACCUUACUUGACUUGAACUAACCUGACCUGAUAACCUGACCUAAUCUACUGUAAGCACCUAACCUGACCUGACCUGACCUGACCUACUAGUAGUAUAUAGGCACAGGUCAUAAUCUUGUGCCACAAUUAGUUACGUAUUUUACUUGUAUUUUUGAGACUAUAAUGAAAUAAAAAAUAGAAGGGAGUUUAUUCACAGUAUUUAUAUAUUUACAAUUUUUUAAACAUGUCCAGAUCUUGUCCAUUUUAUGUAUACGAGAGAGAGAGAGAGAGAGAGAGAGAGAGAGAGAGAUCAAGCCAUUCCUUUAAGUAGAAUAACACAUGUAACAAUAUUCUCAUGGUAGUGUGUGUAAAUAGCCGUGUGAAAGGGAUUUACAUAGAUUUACAUAGACAUAUAAGAAGCAUAGGUACAUACAGAGGUGCUUGUGAAUGAGCCUUUGCCAAUAGCUGCCUUCCUUGAGCCAUCCAGUGGUUAUGUUAGAGGUUGUUAGAGCAUCACUGGAACCUAUGUAACUGAGCUUGUUAGAGGAGGAGAAAAAGGAGAAAGAGGAGGAAGAGGAGGAAGAAGAGGAUGUUUGGAGAAUAGAUAGAAAUAAAAGAAGAGAAAGAGGAGGAGGAGGAGGAGAAAGGAAGAUAUGUGUUAAUGAGAGGAAGAUGAAAGAGAAUGAAGAGGAGGAGGAGGAAGAGAAGUAUGUAUGGAGAAUAGGUAGAGAAGAAGAAGAAGAAGAGGAAAGAUAUAAGAGAAGAGAUAUGCAUAGAAAUAAAAAGUAAGAAGAGGAGGAGGAAGAGGAACAGAGGAUGAGGGAAGCAGUAUGUAUGUGUGUAGAAUAAGAAGAAGAAGAAGAAGAACCCAUUGUAUGUAGAGAGAAUUGUAAAAGAACUUUGAGGUGUAUUAAUAUUCUCAGUGUGUGUGUGUGUGCGCGUGUGCGCACAAUCGUUCUCACCAUAUAUGUUCUUUUUUGACAUCAUCAUUCUGUGUUCAUCUCUAUUCAAUUUUAAGCCCUUUUACACACACACACACACACACACACACACACACACACACACACACACACACAC